AUGCGUUCCCUUACUGUCAGCGGCGAGCGAACGACGACGACGGGCGCGGAAGGGGGCACCCCGCCGGGCGGGGAGGGGCGAACGCAGGCCACCCCGUCGCCCGUAACUGGUAGCGACGUCCAGGGGAUGCCUAGCCUACACUCGCUCGUCCUGCGACGGGCACCACUGAUGGACAUGGGUGUCGCGACCAGCUCGGUCACGUCCGUCAAUCCGCCCGCUAAAAUCGCGCCCAGCCAGAAGAAAAUCGACAAGGCGAAGCUCAGCGGCAUCAGGCUGCCCCUGAUACGCAAGGAGGCCAGCGUGGUGAAUCUCUCCCUGACGGAGAGGACCGUGCCGAGCAGGGAGGCAGACGCGCCUCUCUUACGUCCCGAGAGCAGCGCGAGCCUGGAGGCACGUGGCAGCAGUUGGAUGAACCUGGGUCCUGGCGCGCUGAGAAAAUGCGAGACCGCCGUGGGACUGAGCACCUCGGCCCUCGAGGGAAGACCCAUAAAUCGCAGCAGAGUCUGCUCCCGCUGCUCCAGCCUGCUGUCCCUGGCGUCCAGCUCGCGUUACAGCCUGGCCGCUGGCAAUUUCGUUCCCGCGGGCUCGCAGCAGACAAUCGGCCGGAUAUUUUGUAAACUGUGUCUCGUCGACACUUCUCUCUCCAAAACGUUCAAGAUCGAGGGAUGCGGUUGUUCCUAUUGUAAAGAUUGCAUGCGUGCCUACGUAGAAUUUGAGAUUGAGGAAGGUGCGUACGAAAUUAGUUGUCCUGAUGCUCAGUGCGAUCAUGGCGCCAUACUAUCCUUGAAGGAGAUAUCGAGCCUUGUCAACACGGAACUCGUGGAAAAGCAUUGCAAGUUUCGGUUAAAUAGAGAUGUGUCGAUGGACAAGGGACGUGCGUGGUGUCCACGAGCGGGUUGUGAAACAAUAUGUUCGAUAAACGGCAACAGUGGAAGCGGCACUCCUUUAGGUCCUGUUCACUGUCCCAACUGCUCCACAGAUUUCUGUUCAAUAUGUCGCGAGCCUUGGCAUAACGGGCCCUGUUCAGAUCUUCCAUUAGGAAUACCGUUCGGUAGCGAUCACAUAAAAUGUUGUCCUAUGUGUUCCGUGCCGAUAGAGAAGGACGAAGGUUGUGCUCAAAUGAUGUGCAAAAGAUGUAAACACGUGUUUUGCUGGUACUGCUUAGCAUCCUUAGAUGAUGACUUUCUGUUGCGACAUUACGACAAGGGACCAUGUAAGAAUAAAUUGGGCCACUCACGCGCGUCCGUGAUAUGGCAUCGAACGCAGGUUAUCGGGAUCUUCGCUGGUUUCGGCCUACUUCUACUUGUCGCAUCGCCCUUGCUAUUAUUAGCGGCACCUUGCAUCGUAUGCUGUAAAUGCCGCGUCUGCGGCUCUUCCAGACUCGAACAAGAGGAAGGCGACACGACAACAUAGGACCUUCCAAAAUUUUUCAUAGAUUCGCGCUUAAUUAAUUUCCUUGAACUAAAGUAUAAGCACUCUUCCUAGGCUUCCACGCAUGGGAGACAAUAUAAUUGGCAACUUAUAUAGAUAUACAUUGCAUUUUGUUAAGUUUACGUUUUAAUUUUAUUUUUCGCGCCUUAAUAGAAGAUACAUAAUAUGAAAGGGCAAGCAUGUGUAUCUCAGUCAAGAGAGGAGAGAGACAGAGCAUAUUGUGAUUAAUUAUAUAUUUAUGUUUUACUUAGACAUUUGUUUGGACAGAAUAAGAGAUGUUGCAAUUUGUAUAGUUAUAACGUGUUUGUUCUCCUGAUAUACAUUUAUUUUAUAUAGUCACUUAAUAAGUUUUAUAUGAUGAUUACUUUUAUAUAAAAAAAAAAAAGAAGAUAGCUUUUAUGAUGACUCGUAAUUAAUUAUGUGAUUCAAGCAAGUCUAAUAAUUUACAAAUACUCAUAACGAAUUCUUAUAUACAAGAACAUUCCAGGAAUUUAUUUAUAUAUAUAUAUUAUAUCUAUAUUGGAUGUGUCGGAUUUUUCUUUAUACUGCCGCAAAGCAUACUACGAACGUCGUGAAGACAUUUGUGCUGUAAAUUAUAAUUGUAAAUUUUUUUGUUGUUGAUUUCUAUCGGAAUGUGAGCUUAGUUUUUGUUGCCCUCGUAAAACGGCGAUAAUAGAACGCCAGUUAUUUGAUUUUUUCUGAUUUUUAGAUUAUGUAACAUAACUAAAUUAUAUUUAAAUUAUAAUAUAUAUUUUAAAU